GCAUGCUUGGUCCUCAUCUCCAAUUAUGCCUUUGUCAUGGCUGCCGGAGGUGAAUACAACUACAAGGAUGCGCUUACCAAGUCGAUAUUAUUCCUCGAGGCACAAAGGUCCGGCAAGCUCCCACCCAACUCUAGGAUUCUAUGGAGGGAUGACUCUGCGCUCGAUGAUGGAAACCUCGCCAAUGUGGACUUAGUGGGAGGGUAUUAUGACGCAGGAGACAACGUGAAAUAUGGGCUACCUAUGGCCUUCACCAUCACCACUCUAGCGUGGACGGCACUUGCUUAUGAGUCGGAGCUAUCAGCUACAGGGGAGCUGGAGAACGUAUACGCUGCUAUCAGCUGGGGAACAGAUUAUUUCCUCAAAGCCAGUGCAAAGAAGAAUCGUUUGUGGGUUCAGGUGGGAGAUCCGGUGGCUGAUCAUCAGUGUUGGAUGCGGCCUGAGAACAUGAAGACCCCAAGAACACUUUACAAGAUUGAUGAACACACGCCGGGUACGGAGAUUGCGGCGGAGACAGCCGCUGCCAUGGCUGCCUCUUCCAUUGUUUUCAGAAACCAUAACCGCACUUACUCCAGGCAGCUCCUCAAUAAAGCAAAACUGCUCUACGAGUUUGCUAGAAAUCACAAGGGAACUUUUGAUGGAGAAUGCCCAUUCUACUGCUCUUAUUCUGGCUACAACGAUGAAUUAUUAUGGGCUGCUUCAUGGCUCUACAUCGCCACCAAGAAGAUUAAAUAUCAAAAACACAUCACACAGGAGGGCAUAUCCGCAAGCGUCGCUGAGUUCAGUUGGGACCUAAAAUAUGCUGGCGCUGAAAUCCUUUUGUCAGGGGUACAUCUAACCGAGGGUGGACUUCACAAUUUCAAGAGACAGGCUGACAAUUUUGUCUGUGCGGUGCUACCUGAUACUCCAUUUCACCAAGUGUAUAUAUCUCCAGGGGGAUUAGUUCAUCUCCGCGAUGGAGCCAAUACACAGUAUGUAACUGGCACUGCAUUUUUGUUCGGUAUCUACAGUGACAUUCUUAUCAAGAACCACCAAACAGUCUCGUGUGGCAACCAAGUGAUCCAACCUUCUCGUCUAACGGAAUUUGCUAAGCAACAGAUGGACUAUGUCUUAGGCAGCAACCCAAGGGGCAGGUCAUAUAUGGUAGGCUUUGGUGCCAACUCACCGACGCAAGUCCACCACCGUGGUUCGUCGGUGCCGGUGAUGUCGUCCGACAAGACCGUCAGCUGCUCCAUGAGCUUCGUGAACUGGUACAACAAGAACCAGCCCAACCCCAACGUGUUGACCGGAGCCAUUGUUGGUGGGCCUGAUCGCUACGACAACUUCGAUGACCAGAGAUGGGACUCAUCCAAGCUGGAGCCCACCACUUACAUUAAUUCCCUUGCCAUUGGCCCACUCGCCAAGCUCGCCAUCCAUGGCUCUUGACCUCUCUCUCUCUCUCUCUCUCUCUCUGUGUGCAGCAAUCAUGGAAGGGUAUCAGGAUUCUAUAAUGAGAGCAAUGAAUG